UUGAAUUAUUAUGAUUGCACUUCGAUUAUCACAAAUGUAAGGUCUAAUUACAAAUUCACUUCUCAGGACACAGCUCAUACAUGUGUUGUUACUGCUUUCACAAAUGGAACAGUUCAUUUCGAAGAUGGUGAUAUUUAUGAUGUCUAUGGAAAAAUAAAUAGAGCUAAUAUUAUUGUUGAAAAACCUUUUCUAACAAUAACUAAUUCUAAACACGAUUACUUAUUUUUUUAUCAUGCUGGCGACAAAUAUAAUACAUCAUAUUUAAUCAAAGGAAAUAAUUCAACUCAUAGAUCUCUUAUCAUUUUUGAUAAUUCGUAUCAUGAAAUAAAUUCAUCAGAACCAGUUGAACAAAAAUCAGAUGAUCAUAAUUAUUCUGAUGAUGAUAGUGAUGAAGGACUAAGUGAAGGUGCUGUUUUGGAAAUUAUUAUUGGAGCAGCAGUUGGAGCAGGUCUCAUUGCUGUCGCUGCUUACUUAUGUUAUAGACACAGAAAAUUCAGAGCUGAAAAUCCAAUUAAUCAAAGCCUUGUUGAUAAAACCGAAAAAGAUUUACCUUUAGAAGAAACGAACAGCAAUCCAUAUCCUAAUGAAUAUAAAGCACCAGCAUAUAAUCCAAAGCAAGAACAAUCAAAUACUUAUUUCGAGAAUCCUUAUGAAUAA